ACAAAACAUCACCAUGCCAGCGUUGGACGAUAUUAAAUCUUCGUGGGCUGAUGAGGUCGAGUCAGACACUGCGUCGCUCCCACCACCAUCGGAAGUGAUCGAAAAUGGACAAAAGAUCGUAACCGAGUACAAGUACAACAAGGAUGACAAGAAGAUCAAGGUGGUGCGCACGUAUAAAAUCAGCCGCAUUGUGGUGCCGAAGUGUGUCGCCCGACGAAAGAACUUGGCCAAGUUCGGCGACUCGGCUACCGACCGUCCGGGUCCGAACCCACAAACAACCAUGGUUUCGGAAGACGUUUUCAUGCAAUUCAUUACGAACAAGGAAGAGGAACAGAAGAAUGAGAACGCCCUGGAUUCGAUGAAAAACAUCGUCAAGUGUCGUACUUGCGAGGGAGAGCACUGGUCAUUCCAUUGUCCGUACAAGAACAGUUCGUUCGACAAACCGACGAAACCUGCGGCAGCUCCGGUACCCGAAACGACAACAUCCAGCAAACCCGGCAAAUAUGUUCCGCCACACAUGAAGGAAACACAAGGCAAGGCCGGCAUUGGUGGUGCGAUGCGUGGACGUGAUGAUACCAGUGCAAUUCGUAUUUCGAACCUGUCAGAAGCCAUGACAGAGGCCGAUCUGGAAGAACUGGUGAAGAAAUUUGGGCCUCACACCAAGAUGUUUUUGUCUCGCGACAAAAGCACUGGACUGUGCAAAGGUUUUGCCUACGUUCAUUUUCGUUCUCGCCGCGAUGCCGCAACUGCGAUCGAAGUUCUCAAUGGUUAUGGUUACGAUCAUCUGAUUCUAAGCGUUGAAUGGUCUAAGCCACAAAACCCGCAGUAAGCAGCACCGGGAGCAAUAUUGUGUGAAGUGAGUAUUACGGCGUGCUUAUCUUCCGUUUUCUAUUGUGAUUGUCCAUGGUGUUGGCUGGAA